AUGGCGCCCUCGUCCCGAGCCUCCGUCCGCUACAGCACCUACUCCAUGUCUCCCUCUCUGCACACCACCGACAGCGCCAUCGCCGAGAUCAGCGAUAUUGAGAAGGGCCUCACCCGCAUGGAGAACAAGGCUCUCACUUCACAGCGCGUCUUCCUCACCGAUGACCAGAACGACAGGAUGAAGAAGCUGGCCCUCGGUGCCAAGCUCGAGCGCGCCCUCGACCGGAGGAUGUCGUCGCAGGACGCCGUCAUGCGAAAGCGGACAACCUCGACGGUCAGCCAAAAGAGCAUGACCGAGAAGGAGGCAGCGGCAUAA